AUGUUAAUCGGGUCAGGUGAUGGUCACUAUAACGACGACGUGGGUGAUAACGAGAACAUGGUCGCAGUGAAGCACGAUCUCGCGCAUCCGUCAGUAUCUGGGGAGAGAGUUGCCUUGUCAGUCUUCCGCGGCAAGGAAGUAUGUGGAGUCAAACCGGUUGGAUUGAAAUCCUUCGACCAGACCCAGACACUUGUAAGUCGUUCGCUUCCGCAAUUAUCCACAGUCAUAGCUGAACAAGAAACGGGAAAUGAAGCUGCGGAGAUGCUUGAAGGCGUGAGUUCGUUACGCACGACAUAG